AAGAUAAUUUACUAACCCAACUUGACAUCCGGCAUCCGGUCCUGAUCGACUCGCGCAUAUCUCGGAGUUUAGUUCGGUUCGUUUUCACGUUCCCUUCGUCUCUUUUCCAAGUGCUCUUCGUGCAAGAUGACGAAGGGUACAUCGAGCUUUGGUAAGCGGCGCAAUAAGACACACACGCUGUGCAGGCGGUGUGGUCGCAGCUCGUAUCACAUUCAGAAGUCACAGUGCGCACAAUGUGGCUACCCCAGGAAGAAGAUGCGCUCCUACAACUGGUCCAUCAAGGCUAAGAGGAGGAAGACCACUGGUACUGGUCGCAUGCGUACCCUGAAGAUUGUGCGCCGCAAGUUCAGGAACGGAUUCAGGGAGGGACUACCGAAGCCCAAGGCUGUUGCCGCCAAGUAAUUGUAACGAACUUGUUUAAAUAAAAAAACCUAAGGUUUUUGCUAAAAAAAUCGCAA